UCCUAGAAGCGCCGGCCUACAACCGCCAGGCCGGGACGCUGGCGAAGGCACCCUCACUCCGGAGUAGAGGGCGCCAGGGUCUUAACCUGCUUCUCAGUAAACAAAGUGGCGGUCUGUAAGCAUUCCGCAGGAACCUCCAUUGCUGUGUGACCUUGGGUCACUCAGGGGUCUUCUCUGGGCUAUUUAAAGGGAGGGAAAAACCCUAACAGUGUGUCUGCCAGGAUGUUAUCCCUCCCGUCGUUCCUGCGUAGUUACUUAAAUGUUGAGACAGGCUAGAGGCCCAAGAGAGGCACGUCGGGCUUAGACCCCUAAAUGUGGCUUCGGCAUGCAUGCCAGGCCUCCCUGAUGUUCGGAAACAGGUGGAAGAGAUGAGGGUUUCCUCAGUCCCGCUGGACAGGGACUCUAAGCUUAAAUCAGUGGGGGCACUGAGGAGAGCAGGUGGUUUAAGAGUCCCUAACGGCGAGAAUUGGGGAGGCACCAGGUGGCAAAACAGUGUCCGGGAGACUGGCCAGGAUCUCCGGGCAAGCUGAAUGCACCGCCGUCUUUGGGACUGGGGCCGGUUUUCUCCCGUGAGCCCCCUCUGAAAGGCCUCCAGCAGACCUCGGUGUGAGAGCCAGACUCACUCUGUGCUGCCCCACACAUAGAGAAGCAGAAUGAGCGAGUCGGUCUCAAAGUCCAGCCAGCCCCUGGCCUCCAAGCAGGAAAAGGAUGGGACUGAGAAGCGAGGCCGGGGCAGGCCGCGCAAGCAGCCUUCGGUGAGUCCUGGGACGGCGCUGGUAGGGAGUCAGAAGGAGCCCAGUGAAGUGCCAACCCCGAAGAGACCCCGGGGCCGGCCGAAGGGAAGCAAGAACAAGGGCACAGCCAAGACGCGGAAAGUUACCACAACUCCGGGGAGGAAACCAAGGGGCAGACCCAAGAAACUGGAGAAGGAGGAAGAGGAGGGCAUCUCCCAGGAGUCCUCGGAGGAGGAGCAGUGACCACUUGCAGUGCCGCCUGCUCCUUGGCCACUGAGGAGCGGCCUUCCCCUGGGACUGGAAGCCCUGCUCCCAGGCCCCGCCCCGCCCCCACUGCACACUACCGCACCAGGCACCAGCUGCAGGCUCUGCGGCACCCACGGGAGCAGGAUUUGGCUCAGUCCCUGUGCCCUCCUCCCCAACACACCUGCCCCCUCCUGACAAGGUUAACUUCCCAUCAAGCCGCAGCCCAGCCUGCUGCGUGCCUCCCUCAGAGCCCUCGCUCUUAGCUCUCCGGGCGCUUUGUUUCGCAGGUCCCUCCUGCCCUGCUGCUCCUGGCUUCCCUGUAGAGGGUCCUUGGAGCAUUCCCUGGCCUUAAGGGGCCACAGCCCCAUCUCAUUCCGACAAGCCCCGAUGGCUGACCUGGCGGCAGCAGUGUGGUCAGUGCAGGGGAAGCUUAGGUCCCAGCAUGUAUGUCCCCCAUCAAGCGUCACCGGGUGGGUUUCUCAGUCCCUCCUGCCCCACCCUACUGAGAAUCCUGCACCAGGUUGGCUGAGCCCCUUGGCUGGACAACAGGAAGUAGGAUGGUGUUGGCUCCACCCACUUUGCUGCUCUUCCCUGGGACAAGACAGAUGGGCGCUACCACCCAUCUCGAGUGAGGUCCUGAGCACUUCCACCUAAGGCAGACGGGGCUCCAACAGGCGCCUCCCCCACUACACUCUUCCUCUAGCAGGGCACCAAGGAGCUCGCCUUGCCCCCCCUCUCCUUUUGCUCCUCCCUGCCCCCCAAGGUUCUGGUUCCACCUUUUCCUCUGUUCACAAACUACCUCUGGACAGUUGUGUUGUGUUUUUUGUUCAAUGUUCAUUCUUAGACACCCACCAUUGCUGCUACCAGCGCCAGAUGUCCAUCCUCCCGAUUUUGCCUGUACCCCCCACACAAUACACUCUAGGGGAAGGGGGGGCUGGUGUGCAGCAGCAGGCUGGUUACCGAGUACCCCACGCUAGGGAAGAUGGGGCCCCCGCCCCGUGGAUGCUGCAGCAGAGUGAGGAGGGGGGGCCCACUUGGAUGGGAAAAGGGUAUAGGACCACCUCCCCUUGUUGUGGGGGAGGGGUGGCCAGUAUUUGUCCCAGCCUGGGGCUCCCCCUCUGGUUUCCUAUUUGCAGUUACUUGAAUAAAAAAAAAAUAGCCUUUUCUGGACA